AUGAACGACAAUUCAUUGAAAUCGGAUACUUUUAUUGUGUCUGCCGUUUUUGUCAUGUCGAAUAAACUCGAGCAGCGUGUUUGCAUUAAAUUUUGCGUUAAACUCGGUAAAUCAGCGACUGAAACUUUUGAAAUGAUUAAAAAAGCAUUUGAAGAUGAAGCGAUGAGCAGGUCUAAAACAUUUGAAUGGCAUAAAAGGUUUAUUGAGGGUCGUGAAGACAUUAAUGAUGACUCUCGUGCUGGACGACCUUCAACAUCAAGAAGUUUGGAAAUGGUGGCAAAAGUACGAAAAAUUAUUCGAUCAGAUCGACGAAUGACGAUAAGAGAACUUUCUAGUGAGUGUAACAUUUCUUUUGGAUCAUGUCAAACUAUUUUGACUGAAGAUUUAGGCAUGAGACGAGUCUGUGCAAAAAUGGUCCCGAAAUUGUUGUCUCAAGAUCAAAAAAAUCAUCGAAUUGAAGUUUGUCAAAGUUUGAAAGAACGAACACAAAAUGACCCAGAGUUCAUUAAAAAUGUAAUAACUGGUGAUGAAACUUGGGUCUAUGGUUAUGACAUAGAAACUAAACGACAGUCAUCACAAUGGAAAUCAGUAACUUUACCAAGACCCAAAAAAGCUCGGCAAGUUCGUUCUAACGUGAAAACCAUGUUGAUUACUUUUUUCGAUAUUAAAGGCCUUAUUUAUUACGAAUUUGUUCCAACUGCUCAAACGGUAAAUCAGACUUACUACAAAGAAAUUUUAAUUAAAUUACGAGAAAAAAUCCGUAAGAAACGUCCAGAUCAGUUCCAAAAUCGAUCGUGGUUGUUACACCACGACAACGCGCCUGCUCAUUCUGCCUUAUCAAUCCGUGAGUUUCUAGCUGAUAAACAAAUUCCAGUUGUACCUCACCCUCCUUACUCACCAGACCUCGCCCCUUGUGAUUUUUUUUUAUUUCCAAAAAUUAAAACUGACCUCAAAGGACAAAGAUUUGAUGAUAUUGAGACAAUAAAAAAGAAUGCGGUUGUGGGUGCCUAG